UUUGAGGCGUUCAGUUCCGGCUCGUCUGAGAUCAAAACUGCGUCCAGCCGCUCGGGAAGCUGAAGGUUUUCAGGGUUUCAGCUGAAAGUUUUCAGGUUUUCAGCUGAAAGUUUUCAGGUUUUCAGGGUUUCAGGUUUUCAGCUGAAGUGAGAAGCAGCUCGGCGUCACAGCGAAAUGGAUUAUUUCCUGCAGGACGGCGUGGAAACGAGGCGGGGAAAGUUUCAGGUUUCAUCUACUGAUUAAAGAGGAGGUUGCUAAGAGAUGACAAUCAGUGACACUCCUGAAAGCCUCGGUUCCACAGCAGCCUGAAGCUCCACUUCCUCCAGCCCUCUGUCUGCAGCUGGCUCACAGAAAACUCUCGCCAACACCAUGGCAGCUUUCACUGCGCCGUGUCCCGACACAGUGGCCCGGACGACGCUCCAAACACCAGGAGGCAGCGACCAAACGAGUGCAGAGGACGACGACUCGAGGAGGAGCCAGAGCUCAGAUGUGGGACAGAACACUAUCCUGGAGAAAACUCACCAGUUCUUCCAGAUGUGCGACACGGAGAACAAGGGAUUCAUCACCCGCCGGGACAUGCAGAGGCUGAACGGUGAGCUUCCUCUGAGUGCAGACGAGCUGGAGAACGUUUUCGAUUCGCUCGAUUCUGAUGGAAACGGAUUCCUCACGCUGGAAGAGUUCUCCUCCGGUUUAAGUGCAUUUUUGUUUGGCCGUAGGAUUUCUGUGGAUGACGUCAUGACUGAGAGGAACCUGAGUGAAAGCGUGCCGGAGGUUCUGUACCAGUCCCGGUGGAAGGAGGGUCCAGGCGCGGCUGAGGAUGACGAGGAUGAGCAGCACUUUGCGAUGCUCAUGGAGAGCCUGGGGGCCAGCAGCCUCCUGGAACAGCCUGCAGAGGUGCGCAGCCUGUGGGCGCAGCUGCGCCGCGAUGAGCCUCAACUUCUGUCAAACUUUGAGCAUUUCCUGGCCAGAGUGAUGGCGCAGAUCAGAGACGCCAACCAGGAGAAGAGAGACAUGGAGAGCGCCCUCAAAAGGAAAACGGCAACACAUGACAAUGAGAUCCAGCACCUGUAUGAAGAAAUGGAGCAGCAGAUAAAAACUGAAAAAGACAAAAUACUACUGCAGGACUACGAUCGAUAUCUGUCCCGAAGUAAAGACCUGGAGCUGCAGUCCAGCAAGGAGAAGGAUCUGGAGCAGCUCUUCCAGAAACAGAGACGGUUGGAGUGUCAGUGUCGAGAACUCCACAGUGAGCAGCAUGAGACCAAAGUGGAAAACGUGAAGCUGAAGCAGACGAACGAUGAUUUGGCCCGAGAGCUGGAGCUGGUGAGCCAGGAGCUGACGCUGGCGCAGGAGCAGCUGGUUCUGCUGCAGGAGCAAUCGGCUCGACUUCACGAGGAGAAGGAGAUGGAGAUCUACAGACUUACUGAAGGACUGCAGCGAGAGCGAGCGAGUCUCUACAAACAGCUGGACCUUCUGAGAGAAAUGAACAAACAUUUGCGGGAUGAAAGAGACAUGUCCUUUCAGAAACCAAAAGGAACCAAGACCAGCAUGAAGCACCGAUCUGUUAUUGAUGGAGUGAAGCAAACAAACACAGAUGUGUUUAAAAGUGAGGAUGAGGAGGAGCCGACCCCCAGCCUGAGGCAGAACCUUAACGGCUUCUACCAGCCGACCUUCCCGGCUGAAGCAGGGAGUCGUUUCCAGAGGAUCAUCUCCAUAGAAGAAGACCACCUCCCCUACUUACUGAACAGCAGCCUGGCUCAGAACACGCUGCAGAACUGGGCUGAAGUGGAGACUCGGUUGGACGAUGAAGACGAUGUGGAUGUGAUGAGCGAACCUCACUGCAGGUCAUCGCCGAUCCCUGAGCAGCAGUCUGAGGAACGGAAGAUCCCGUCAUCUCCAAGAGGUCAGCCGGUUGGAAAGGAAACCACCAUCAAUGAGGAAAGCGUUCCUUCGGCUCCUGAUCGCCUCUUCAAGGUCGUCCUGGUGGGAAACUCCAGCGUGGGAAAAACUUCACUCCUCCAAAGAUUCUGUGACGAUCGCUUCCACCCGGGAACCUGCGCCACUGUCGGCAUAGACUACAGUGUGAAGACAAUAACUGUGGACAACAGCCAGGUGGCGCUGCAGUUGUGGGAUACAGCAGGACAGGAAAGGUAUCGCAGCAUCACCAAGCAGUUCUUUCGCAAAGCUGAUGGUGUGAUUGUGAUGUAUGAUGUAACUGCUGAGCAGAGUUUCACUGCAGUCAGACAGUGGCUGACGAGCGUCAAGGAGGGCAAUGGUGGGGAAAUACCCAUCAUGCUCUUAGGAAACAAAACGGACAAAGAGGCAGAGAGGGAAGUUCAGAAGGAAGUGGGCGAAAGGCUCGCCAAGGACUGCCAGAUGACCUUCUUUGAAUGCAGUGCAUGUUCUGGAGCCAAUGUGGCCGAGUCCAUGGUGCAUUUAGCCAGAAUCCUGAAGGAACAAGAAGACCAGCAGAAGGAGAAAACGGUCCAGCUGAUCAGCAGCCCCUCAAAGAGGAGAACCUGCUGCUAAACACAAAACACUCACCACAACGCAGCACUACCCUUUAACCAACUCAUUAAAUGUCCUAGUUAAAUCACAUGUGCCAGUGAGAACAGAGUAAAUUCAGGCUGAAUAAAAUAAGUACCAUUGUGAUGUUGUAGGUUAAAUGUAGAACUAGCUGGAAUAUCUAGUACAUUUGUUGUAGUUGUAUAUUCAGCCAAACUUGAAUAUUACAAUUAUCUGUUUACAUAUUUAUUUCACUCAAGAAAAG